AUGAAGAUGGAGGUGCCCGCACUGCGAGAGGUGACCAAUCUCCUGCAAAUAUCAGAUGGAUUGGAUGAUUCGGAGAUCGAGGGCAAGGAAAUGUGGUUCCCUGACAUGGAGUUUGACCUGGAUGAUGAGGAGGAUGAGGAUCAUUUCAUCACCACGCAUGAGAUUCUGCUCUCCGAGUCGUCUGACGGCGCUUCCGAGGCAUCCUGGCUGGACGCGGACAUCGAGGACGCCCACCAGGUGUUCUCUUUUGUCCAUUUCCAGGGUGCCGUUGUGAGGAAGGAGGCGGUCAGCAGCUGUGAAAGUGAUCCUCAAGGCUCAGCCCAGGUUCACCUGUCAAUCAAAAGCACUUCCAGAGGCGCUAUAAAUGACCGAGAAAAUCACCCUGCCAAAGGCGCCGGAGAUCCCCCGGUGGUGGGGGCGCGUGAUAGGGUGAAGGGCAUCAUUCCGGCAGGGAAGGAAAGCGGAGAGUAUUCCAGUUGCGCUUCUAGCGAGCUGGACGACGCCGAUAAGGAGGUAAGGAGCCUGACGGCGAAAGCGUUCAAGAGCCUGGCGUACCCAUACCUGGAAGCGAUCAGCUUCAGCACCUCAAGCGAGGAGUCCAACAGGUGGAUCGUGAGCCAGCCGCCCGAUGGGGACCGGAAAAUCAUGGGUAAUUUGGGUCAAGGCGGGGUGAUCCGGCUUAGGGAGACUCUGAAUUUCCGCUGCAACGUCAACUCCGGGAUGUCUAACUUUGCACCAGGAGGAGAGGCGGCAGGAUCAUCUUCUGCAGAUGAGGUUACUGGCUCGCAGGGCGGCAGUGGCAAGGAGGGGCAGAGGGCCACUGUGAAAUCCCAAAGCAUGGAGGGAACCCACAAGAAAGCGGUCUUUGCAUCCAGUUUGAUUCAAAACGUGCUUUCCAAGAAGAUACAGUUCGAGCGGGAACGACGGAUGGAAAGGGGGGAGGUGAGGGAGCCCAAACGCCAGGGAGCCCCCAAGCUGGAUGGCACCGCUGCUGCUGCGGAGGAAGCAUCGAAGGGUGCAGCUUUGCUCCGCAGCCAAAAUAGCGCCUUCCGAUGCUGGAGGAAUGAAGAGAUUGAGUUACAAGAGAAUCGUAAAGUCCCAGAGGGGGCGCCAACGACACCCACGCCACCCCCUCCUGCUCCUGCUCCAGAUCAGGACUCGGAGAGCAAGAUGAUAAAAAUGUCCCAUUUGUUUGUGCCAAACAUCCAAAGUGUGGCAAGAGAGAAAUCUCCAGAAAUUAAAAUCAACCUCCAGGGACGGGGACCUGUUUUCACGUCCAAGGGUGAGUCCACCUCGGAUAAAGUUCCGCAUUUUAUGGUCCGUGACAUCCGAGAUAACAAAGGGAAACUACAGACGCCCAUACACCAAGUGCGGGAUGUACGCAAGUUGGUUAAAAGCUCCUAUCAUUUCGUCUCGGUGGAUGAUAAAUCCACUUCAGCCACAACCAACCCUGUAUCUGGGUCUCCAGUGUCUCCAAUGGUGAUCAAAUGCCAGUCGGUCAACACAAAUGACAGCAAAUCCUCCCCAGAGGGGGGCGCAAAAAAGCCGGCUGUAAACAACGGCCAGGAGGAGAUGACUUUCCGAAUAGAGAAGAAGAAGCCAGAAUUGAAAAAGUCCAACCAGGUGGCACUGGAGAAGCUCCAAGCGGCGGUGAAGACUAUGGAGCAGCUUUACGUUUUUGACAAUAACGAGUGGAAACGCAAGGGCGAGCCACCUUCCCUGCCACAGCCGCUAACGGAAAGCCAUGUUCUUUCGUUGCUAGCUAACGAGGAGGAAACGAGACGGGAUUCGGACUCUGAUGCCCGACCCAAGUCGCCAACUCCUGCGGGCAGUUCUUCAAGCCUCAGGGCGGCGCCUGCUACUGUUGCCCCCACUGCUAAACUUUUCACCCCCAAGUUAGCCGCGUCCGAUAACUACCUAACCAUUCCACUCAAGCCCCGACAAGCCUCAACCGGACCAGAGCCGCCCUCGAGGAUGCCGACGAUGAGGCCGCCCUCACCUGAUGUCCCGUCCGCGGCCGUUUAUCCCUCAAUGUUAGCAAAUCAGGUGUACUGUUUCUCCCCAGCACCCACCCUAGACCCUUUUCCACCCACCCAGAGGAAGAUGCUCCUGGAUCCUACCAGUGGGAGCUACUACCUAGUUGACACCCCCAUCCAACCCCCAACAAGGCGUCUCUUAGACCCCGAAACAGGCCAAUACGUGGAUGUACCCUUACCCCAACCUCCAAUGACCCCUAUGCCCAUCUCCCCCUUGGCCAUUGGCUCUGGGGCGGCGUAUGGGCCCACCUACAUGAUUUACCCCGGUUUCAUGACAUCACCCCCCUUGAUUCCGACCCGGACGCUAGUGCAGAUGCCGCAGAUGCUGGUGCAGGCCGAGGCAGAGAAAGUGGUGCCCCAGCCCCAGCAAUCCGAGGGCAUGUACAUGGAGACCCCCUUCUACAUGAGCACCGCAAAGGCACCCCAACCCCCUUCAGAGGCUCCCCAUUUUGUUGGCGUCAACAGAACGCAGCAGCAUCCGCUCAUUAGCAUCACGUCGCAGCAGGGGCCGAGGAUUAUUGCACCGCCCUCUUUCGAUGGGACCACCAUGAGCUUUGUGGUGGAGCACAGGUGAA